UUGAAUUGGAAGAUGAUAGGUAUAUAAUUCCAUUUCAAAAUCCCGGGAAUCGAAGUUUAUUCUUAUCUCAAGCUGCACAAAUAUUUGUCAGCCACCCCUGGAAGAUUACCUAACCCCUAUAGGAUAGGCUCCGAAUAGCUAAUACGAAGUCUGACUGCUGUCCGAUGAGUAAGCCAUCUGUGCCUCUUUCGGACCCGGCGAUGCCUCCACCAAAUAGGGAAUAGAUACAGGGUAAUAUUUGAUUUGAUUUGCCUCGGAUCUCAUCGUCUGGGUCGAUCAAAUUUGAUGAGAUGGGCUGAGGUUGCGAACCACAAGAGAUAGGCAUCUGAGUGAGAUUUUGAUUCAGGUACUUACUUACAGGAUAUAAUACUCAUAAUUCUUCGCUUUGAACAUUGGGGUUUUCACAGACCUCAAGCCCAAGACUCACAAACUAAUAACCACGUUUCUCAACCCUCAUUUUCCCACCCUCACGAUAAAACAUGACGAACUUCGAAUUCGUAAAUGUCGGCAGUCCUAGUGAAGUAAAGCGACACUCCACUAAAAUUCGCCGUCAUGUUAUGAAGGAUAUCGGUAAAGCGCGCCGAAAGUCACGACCAAAGAAGCGUGGUGAAGUUAUCCUCGGAGAAGAUAGUUCACCCUCAUCUGAGAAUGGAGAUGAAGCGGAAGCGAGCAGUUCAUCAAAAGCCGUAGCACUUCCGAGUCCUAGGAUGGAUGCUGAUCUACACAGACCAUCAUAUCCAGCUGGGAUGGAUGAAGAACGGCUGAAUUUAGUCCGAUUUAUGGUCAAUGAAGCACAUUCUGUAUAUAGACCAUUUCGAUUUUUAUGGUUAUCGAUGGGGUUAUCAGAUGCCGCUGCUUGGAAUAUCACCCUGGCCAAUGCGGCAUUAUACCGUGGUAUGGACGCGGAGACGAAGAAACUGAAGAAACCCGAAUACAUUUCGAGUGUUGAUGCUAUGAAGUGGUAUACGCUUUCUCUGGCAUCUAUUACAGAGAGACUCCAAACCCCUGACGACAGCGAUACCGAAGGCCUUGUCGUUGCUGUCACUGGAUUUGUCUGCCACGAUUCCUCGGUCGGGAAUUUUGACCGAUAUUGUGUUCAUAUGGAAGGACUUCAACGCCUCAUCGACAAGAAGGGCGGCAUAGAAAAUCUCAGCAGUCCGUUCUUGAGGAUGAUGGUUUCCUGGCUCGAUUUAGCGGGGGCAACAUAUUUCAAUGUCAAGCCACGCUUCGACGUUCCCAGAGGUUUCAUAAGAGAAGUCAAUACUGGUAACGAUGCUCAAUACCUAGAGCAACUGCUACGGUCUUGGGAUGGGAACUGCCCCGCUCUAGGCGAUAUCCAGAAUGCCAUGAAAGCGACGGCUUCCGUCGCCAAUUAUAUCAACCGCCGUUCCGAAGACCCCAAAUUCUGGCAAGAUGACGUAACAUUGGCAAGACUUCUGGGCCCGGCUUUCCACGAGAUUCUAUGCCUGGAGGGGAGACCACUUCCCGAAGACACAUCGUCCAUCGAUUACUGUGGUACAGCAGCAAGGGAAGCUUUCCGGCGCGCUGCACUUGUUUUCCUUGCCGCUAUCAAAAUACGCAUGGGCGCCGGGGCGUAUGAGAUGGAAAGGCAUCUCGACGCAUUUCGGCAGAUCUCGCAACUGCCGUUGGUAAACUGGAGCGUGGUGCCCGAGUUGAACCUCUGGGCUCACAUAAUAAGCGCUAUGCAGGAAGAGAGCCCGAACCGAGCCUGGCAUGUAAUAACCAUACUCGAGAUAAUGGGAUCCAUGGGUCUGCAAAGUGGUAACCAAGCCAUUGACAUAGCUCGUGGCAUUAUCUGGAUAGAUGCCAUUGAUCAGGGGAAGUCGGAUUCUCUCUGCCGUGAGCUUAACUGCUAUUUGAUGCAGCGACUUGAGGAGGAAAUACCUGUGGAUCCUCAACUUGAAAUGCAUUCUGAAGACUUCGGCAACUAAAUGUAAGCAAAAGAAGGCAACGCCAUCUGGCUACUCGAGUUCAGGUUGUGAAUAAUUUAUACGGGAGGGUAGCAUAAAAGGCAACAACACCUUUACAGAAUCGAAUUAUAGGGAGAAACAACACUCCAUGUUAUCAUAGCAUACGCUUUUAUAUCGAUUACGAAUAAAAUCUCAACCCCCGACUACCACCCCAGAAUCCACAUGAAUAACUUGCGCUGUUAUCCAAUGACUCUUUUCCGAUACGAUUAAGAGCACCGCAUCAGCAAUAUCCUGCGGCACGCCAAAGCGACUGUCUCCCCGCUGUUGUUCCGCCAUAGGUAUCAUCACCUCUGGGCAAUCUUUGUUGAUAUCGGUAGUGACGGGACCAGGAGCUA